GUGUGUGUGUGUGUGUGUGUGUGUGUGUGUGUGUGUGUGACUGAGUGAGUGAGUGAGUGAGUGAGAAAGAGGCUGGUCAUAUCUCAAAAGGACGAGAAAGAGGAGGCGUCAUCGCGCGCUGUGCAUCGUUUUGGUGAUUGCACCUGAACGCACCACAAUAACACCACGGUGGGUGAGAGCUCUGUAAUAAUAAUAAUAAGAAGAAUAAGAACAAGGAGAAGAAUACUAGUCUAUAUAACGGCGGUGUAGUGAUUCGUUACUGGCAAUGAAGUCCAGCUAGACUUUCCUCCCAGCAGACUCUUGUGAGCGAACAGGCGCUGCUGCACUUUGAGGAAGUCACGCAGCGUGUCGACCAUGCGUCUGUCACCAGGCCACCAGAUUGGGUGAUUUUUUCUAUUUGUUUUCAAUUCUCUGAAGAGGAUAAGCACUCGCGGUGGUUGCAGUAAAGCCAACUCGGCACAGCUCGGACGACCCAAAAAAAAAAAAUGACCGUGGAACGUGACAGUGGGUUCCGUGCGUGGAAUGUCUGCAUCUUCGUUUUACUUUGUUCAACUCUGAACUGCGGGAUAAGUGAAGUUGGAGGCUCCCAUCAAAGCAUCCCUCCAUCCGUAGUGAAGCUGUGGGCUUCUGCAUUUGGUGGGGAGAUGAAGUCCAUCUCUGCUAAGUACUCUGGCUCCCAGCUGCUGCAGAAGAAAUACAAGGAGUUCGAGAGGGCAGUGCGGGUGGACGAGAUUGAUGGGCUGCGUCUGGUGAAGAGACUCGCUGAUGACAUGGAGGAGAUGUUUCGCAAGAAAGCUCAGGCAAUGGAGAGACUGGUUGAGGCAGCAGAGGAAGCCCACCUUCAGCACGAUGAGGAUCCAGACCUGCAGUAUGAAUACUUCAAUGCAGUGCUGAUCAAUGAAGUGGAUGACCUGGGGAACAAUGUUGACCUGGGAGGAGACUUCAUCCUACAACCCAAUGACCACUUUAACAACUUGUCAGUCAAUCUUAGCCUCAGCGUUGUCCAGGUGCCCACGAACAUGUACAACAAGGACUCUGCAAUAGUUAAUGGAGUCUACUGGUCAGAGGCCCUGAAUAAAGUGUUUGUGGACAACUUUGAGAAAGACCCAUCCCUCAUAUGGCAGUACUUUGGCAGUGCCAAAGGCUUUUUUAGGCAGUACCCAGGGAUUAAAUGGAAGCCGGAUGAACACGGGGUCAUUGCUUUUGACUGCCGUAACAGGAAGUGGUACAUCCAAGCUGCUACCUCCCCAAAGGAUGUGGUGAUUCUCGUUGAUGUUAGCGGAAGCAUGAAAGGCCUCAGAUUGACCAUAGCCAGACAAACGGUGUCCUCCAUACUGGACACUCUUGGAGACGACGACUUCUUCAACAUCAUCGCAUACAAUCAAGAACUGCAUUACGUGGAGCCAUGCCUGAAUGGAACGCUUGUCCAAGCUGACGUCGCCAACAAAGAUCAUUUCAGGGAGCACCUCGACAAGCUCUUUGCUCAAGGCAUCGGGAUGUUAGAUUUAGCUCUAAGUGAGGCAUUCAAUCUUCUUAGUGAGUUCAACGAGACUGGAAGGGGUAGUGAAUGUAGCCAGGCCAUUAUGUUGGUUACAGACGGAGCAGUGGAUACAUAUGAUGCCAUCUUUGCCAAGUACAACUGGCCAGACAGGAAGGUCCGCAUAUUCCCUUACCUGAUUGGUCGAGAGUCAGCUUUUGCAGAAAAUCUCAAAUGGAUGGCGUGUGCUAACAAAGGUUACUUCACUCAGAUAUCCACGCUGGCGGAUGUUCAAGAGAAUGUGAUGGAAUAUCUCCAUGUCCUAAGUCGUCCCAAGGUGAUCGACAGAGAGCAUGACACAGUGUGGACUGAAGCCUAUGUUGAUAGCACACUGGACGAUGGUCAAGGUCCAGUUCUGAUGACCACUGUGGCAAUGCCUGUGUUCAGCACAAAGAAUGAGACUAGGAACCAUGGCAUCCUACUCGGGGUUGUCGGGACAGAUGUUCCUGUGUCAGAGCUGCUGAAGACUAUUCCAAAAUACAAGUUGGGGAUUCAUGGCUAUGCAUUUGCAAUCACCAACAAUGGCUACAUUCUCACCCACCCAGAUCUGCGCCCACUUUAUGGUGACGGCAAAAAGCGAAGGAAGCCAAACUACAGCAGUGUGGAUCUGUCCGAAGUAGAAUGGGAGGACAAGGACGACGUGCUGAGGAAUGCCAUGGUCAAUAGGAAGACGGGGACCUUCUCAAUGGAGGUGAAGAAGAGUGUCGACAAAGGGCGACGUGUACUGGUUCUGCAUAAUGAUUACUACUACACAGACAUCAGGGGCACUCCUUUCAGCCUCGGCGUAGCGCUUUCCAAAGGCCAUGGCAUGUUCUUCUUCAGCGGGAAUGUGACUGUGGAAGAAGGUCUCCAUGACUUGGAGCAUCCUGAUGUUGCCCUUGCAGAUGAAUGGACAUACUGCAACACUGAUGAGCACCCAGAGCACCGCUACUUGACCCAAAUAGAGGCGAUCAAACUCUACCUCAGUGGACAUGAGCCCAAACUACAAUGUGAUAAGGAGUUAAUUCAAGAAGUCCUUUUCGAUGCAGUGGUAACUGCCCCUUUGGAGGCCUACUGGACCAGUUUGGUUCUUAAUAAAUCUGAGAACUCUGACAAAGGAGUUGAGAUUGCCUAUCUGGGUACAAGAACUGGCCUGUCCAGAAUCAACCUGUUUGUUGUACCUGAUCUACUGACAAACCAAGACUUCUUGACGGCUGAAGACAAAGAGGGGGUUUUCAAUGCCGAUCAUUUCCCUCUGUGGUAUAAAAGGGCAGCUGAACAAGUUCCUGGCACAUUUGUCUACUCUCUACCCUUCAACACAGGAACAGGAAACAAGAGUGUUGUAUUAGCCAGCACAGCCAUUCAGCUCCUGGAUGAGAGGAAGUCACCCAUAGCUGCGGCUGUGGGAAUCCAAAUGAAACUAGACUUUUUUCAGAGAAAAUUUUGGACAGCCAGCAGACAGUGUGCUGCCCUUGAUGGAAAGUGCUCCAUAAGUUGUGAUGAUGAGCACAUUAAUUGUUACCUCAUUGACAACAACGGAUUCAUUCUGGUGGCAGAAGACUAUACUCUGACGGGGAAUUUUUUUGGUGAAGCCGAGGGAGCUGUAAUGAGUAAACUUCUGCAGAUGGGCUCUUUUAAAAGGGUGACACUGUAUGACUACCAGGCGCUUUGCUGGGUGUUUUCGGAGAGUAGUGGCAGUGGACACACACUGUUGGAUCCUUACUUUGCCUUCCUCUCAGCUGUGAAGUGGAUCAUUACGGAGCUUGUCAUAUUCUUGGUUGAGUUCAACCUGUAUGGCUGGUGGCAAUCUGACUUUACUGCAAAAGCGCAGAGAAUGGGCCGAAGCAUGCAGGUACCAUGUGACACCGAGUACCCAGCUUUCAUCUCGGAGAGAACCAUCAAAGAAAACACAGGAAACGUCGACUGUGGCGACUGCAUCAAGUCCUUUGUGAUUCAGCAGAUUCCCAGCAGUAAUCUCUUCAUGGUGGUGGUGGACAGUAAGUGCGACUGCAGUAUGUUCGAGCCAAUCACCAUGGAUCCUAUUGAAAUCAUAUAUAUCGAGUCUCUAAAGUGUGAGCGACUGAAGAUGCAAAAGGAUAGGAGGCGCCCAGAUACCUGCCACCCGUUUCACCCAGAGGAGAACUCAAUGGAGUGUGGAAGAGCUCAUACUCUCACACCAUCUUUUUCUGCAACACUGCUCUGCAUCCUCCUGGGACUGUUUCCCAGGUGACCGGAGAUGGCCGCGUCUAUCCAUCCAUCCAGAACUUUUCCUUGGAUCGGCUUGGCAUGAAAACAUAUCACAAUAAAGUCACGGAACAGAAAGGAAUACAAGAACACCAUACACUCCUAGUGUACUCAUUACACCUCACCACCUUAAAAAGGUCUUCGCCCUGAGAUACCUCCUGACUUCACAUUUUCACGAAAGGACCGAGUAGUAGUGUGAUCUAUCAGGUGCUACAGCAAUAUCACAUACACUAAGAGCUUCUUCUUUGGUUGUUUGGCUUUAUCCGAUUUUAGCUUAAUGACAAAGUGACACUCAAACUGCUUUGUCCUUUCAGGUCGUAGCUCAGGGCUUGGGUCUGUGCCCAAGUUCAAAAGUGGGCAUUAAACCCCCACACAUAUCUUAUUAGGAGCAAGACUGGUGCACUUUCCUCUGGUCCAAAUGACUUUUCAUGGACAUGUAUUAUUGGGAAGAUAAAAAAAAAAAAUAAAGGUAAAGAUUCAAUAUGUGAGUGGGGUUUUAAACAAAUGUCAGUCUAAUUAUCUUUGUUUUUUUUAAUAUAAAUAUAAGUUAUAGUAUAUGUGCUGUAUAUAUGAAUAAAGACAGUUCCGUUUUUAAUUUGCAAGUGGUACCAUUAACUGUGACUACUAAAUUUUAGUUUGAGCUUUGCCUUACUCAACAAUAUUGGUCCUGUUUCUGUACAUUUUGAAAUAAAAUAUUGUUAAAAAAGUGAUCAAGAGCUUCAAUAUUGACUUCAUCUUCUCAAAUCACAGAUGUAUUGGACUGUUUUGCAUGUUCUACUCUCAUUGGUUAGCUUUCUUUAAUGUUCUAUUGUGGAUGUUUGGCCUGCAAAUGAACAGAAAGGCAACUGUGUGUGCGUACAUCUGGAGUUUUGCACUUCUGUCCUUCGUGUACACCUAUGACUGAGAGCCCUAUCACUGACACAGAGAGACAAAAGAGAUAAAAAGCCAUGAAGCUAAAAUCAAAUCCAAAAGCAACACGUGUCUGUAUUUGUUCUGCAAAUAGAUGUGUGUAUUUUCAGGCUAUAUGUGCACAUACAUGCAAACAUUUUUUAUGCUGGG